AUGAAACGAAUUCUUCUGUUUUUUAUCCUGGCAGCAGCUCUUAUGUAUGGUAUACUGCAUGGAAAUCUGUGGAGAAACAACCUCAACUGGAUUAGCUUUCAUGGACAGACUUCCUCUGUGAGGGCUCCUCCUUCCUAUGAGCCUAGCGGAGUUACCCAGCUGCCGCCUACGGCCAUGGGGCGAAGGAACACGCUGGACACUUGUCUCCUGAAACCAGCAUUUGAAUCUUUAGUGGGUGUUGACAAAAUAUACCCGUUCCUGUGUGCUAAUGAUUUUAUCAGAGUGGCGGAGUUCCAUGGGAGCGAUAAGUUUGAACUACCUUACGGAAUAAAGAGAGCAGAACAAUUUUUUCGUUUAGCCCUUUCAAGACUGCAGAACUGUGGACUUUCCAGUGAAGAUGAUGACAGGGUUGCCUGUCGACGGUGUAUUGUGGUCGGUAAUGGAGGAGUACUUCGAAAUAAGACAUUAGGGGAGAAAAUUGACUCCUAUGACGUGAUAAUAAGGAUGAAUAACGGCCCUGUUAUAGGGUACGAAGAGGAUGUUGGGAGGAGGACGACUUUCCGCCUCUCUUACCCGGAAUCCAUCUUCUCCGAUCCGAUCCACUAUGACCCUAAUACGACAGUUGUUCUCAUUGUCUUCAAACCCCGUGACUUGAAGUGGCUUUGGGAGAUACUGAGUGGUCAGAAAAUAAGUGCUAAAGGCUUUUGGAAGAAACCAGCUCUGAACAUGAUAUACAAAUCUAGUCAAAUCAGGGUUCUUGAUCCCAGCAUCACCAGGAAAACGGCUUAUGAAUGGCUUGGUUUCCCUACAAGGUUUCCCAAAAAAGAGAAACCCAAGCAUCCAACGACAGGGCUCAUUGCCAUUACACUCGCGUUUCACAUAUGCCAUGAGGUUCACCUGGCAGGCUUCAAGUACGACUUCACUGACAAGAACAGUUCCUUGCACUACUACGGCAACGAGACGAUGUCUCAGAUGAUGCAGAACGAAUACCACAACAUCAAUGCUGAGCAGAAAUUUUUGAAGAACCUUAUAGACAAGAACUUUGUGGUCAAUUUGACGUGAAAGCUGGAUGGAAAAUACGGACAAUCAUUAUUUUCCAGAUACAAAAAACUUUUAUUUUUUGUAUGACAGUUUUAUUUUUUAAGUGCAGCAUAACUGUUUACUGUUGAAAAGGAGCACAGAAGCCUCAGCAAGGCAGAAGUGUCUUCUAAGCCUGAGGGUAAUGGGCUAUUGCAAACAGUUAACUGAAUUUCUGUGAAGUUAUUAAAUAACGGGGAAACCAUGAAACUUUCAGCUG